UCAUCACUCAUCAAAAUAUUUUUAGAAUUUUUAUCGGGGGUUUAUUUUCAAUUUAAUUUAUAAAAAUGCCAGUUCUUACUACUAAUUUAUUUGUUAUUAUCAACGUUAAAAUAGAUAAGGAUAAGUACUUUUGACUGACAAACAUUUAGGUUUUUAAAACGCUUACAUUAGUCCGGCGUAAAUAACCGAACACUCCCGUCUGAUUAUUGCAUUAAUAGAAAGUGAUUCGGACUCCCUUGUAUGAUUUUUUUUAUUAUCCGAUGAUUAAUACUCGAUUUGGGUACGAGAUAUUCAAAUUUGUUCUAUUUACGUCCGUUCGCGGUCGCAGUUUGCACGGUAAUUGUAUAAAUAACAAUAAGUAAACCCUGUGCCUGUAUGGAAUACAUUGGGAUGGUGACAACAAGAAUAUUAUUGUAAAUUGCUGUUCCCCUGUAUUGUUAUCUAUGAAUUAGUUAAUGAUCUCAUAUUUCGAGUAAAUAAAUAUCAAUUGUUAUUUUUGCCAAGUGGUACCGAGGAUAACAUGCUAGAGAAAUGAAGAAACAAUUUUUUCGGGUGAAGCAACUAGCUGAUCAGACUUUUUUAAAGGCUGAAAAAAGUGAAGUAUUAAACCAUGAAGAACUGCAGAUAGCAGACCAGCGUGUAGAAACUCUUAGGUCAGCAUUUGUUGCUGUAAACAAAAAAAUCUGUCCUAACGGGCCGUUAAGUGAUAAAGAGAAACGUUUGAAAAAAUGCUUAGAAUAUCAAAUAGGAACUACUUUUGUGGAAGAAGCAAGAGACGAAAGGGAUUGUAUUUUGCUUCAAAAUGUCCUUAGACUAUCAGGCCUCACAGAGCAGGAUUUAGCAAGGGACUAUGCAGACCAUGAAGCCAAAGUGGAAGAAAUGGUAUAUUCACCCAUUCAAAAAGUAAUUGAAAAUGAACUCCCUAGCAUUUCCAAGCAAAAGCACAGUUUGAAAAAAUAUUGUUUGGACAAGGAUUCAGCCAGUAAUAGAUACCAUUCAACUAAAAAAGAGACACUGAAAGAAGAUAUGGAGGAAGCAGAUACAAAAGUGGAGCAAAGCAGGGACGCCUUAGCGAUAGAAAUGUUCAACCUUUUAGCCAGGGAAAAUGAAUUUUCAUCUUAUAUUUUACAAUUGUUAAAAUUACAGAGGGGAUACCAUGAAAGUGCCUUGAAGAGCUUAGAGACUAUUAUCCCUAGGCUAGAAAAAACUAUUGGUGAUAGUAGCAUAAAAAAAGUUUACGGUGUACCUUUGGCGGAACAUUUAAGAGUAACGGGAAAAAAGCUUGCCUACCCUUUGGAAAUUUGCAUUACAACCCUCUCGGAGUUUGGCCUUAGUGAGGAAGGGCUGUUUAGGAUAGCCGGGGGCUUAUCAAAAGUUAAAAGACUUAAAGCGGCCAUAGAUAGUGGCUGUUUUUCUUCCCUUAUUCCCGAAUAUAGGGAUGUGCAUGUGCUAGCCAGCACUUUAAAGUCGUAUUUAAGGGAACUUCCUGAACCUUUACUGACUUACAGCUUGCAUAAGGACUGGAUGCAGUCUAUGCAAUAUCCGGAAAACCAAAGGGUCGAAGUUGUUAAGCAUUUAUUAAAUAAGUUACCACAAGAAAAUAGAGAUAAUUUAGCUUACCUUAUCCAGUUUCUAUCCCGUUUGGCUUACCAUACGGAAAACAAAAUGUCUUCCUCUAAUAUCGCCAUCGUGAUGGCGCCGAAUCUUCUUUGGAACCGUAACGAAGAAGUCAAUGUUAAUAUGGGCAAUUGUGUGACAAUAAAUAUGUUAGUUGAAUUGUUUAUUAAUGAAGUUGAUACUUUUUUUCCGGACGAUGUGAGCAAGUACGUUACUAUUACUUCGUUGAUUACAGACGAGGAGUUGCAUAAACCAACUGUUAAUAAUGGCCGAUCGCCGCUUAUAGAGUCCUCCCACCUCACCACCAGUACCGAAAGUCUACUGGACAGUCCGAAACCGAACACGCGAAAAAAAAAACCUGCGGCUCCGGUACCGCCAAACGCUCAAACCAACCAUCAACCGGAGGAACAACACCACGAACGGAUGACCAGCAGUUAUCCCUCGGGCAGUACCACCUUAACGCGUCCCCCGAAACCUAAAGAACAGCCCAAGGUCAAAACCACCGUGGGGGUAAACACCGAGGAAAACGACCUCAGUUUAUCGCGGAAAAAGAGUUUUUCCAAAGACGACCUGAAGUUAAUCGCUCAACUACCGGCCGCCCAACCCAGUAUCGUCGUUAACAAUUGUGUGGUGAGCGACGCGAGCGCCACCAAGGUGGUGACGCAGGCCCAAACUAAUAUGGCGAAGGCGCAACCUGUGAUACGACCCGUGGCUUUAACUACGGAGGACGAGAAGAGUUUUAAAACUACCGCGACGCAUCACGUUGGGGUCUCUGGCGAAGGGGUCAAUUCUAGUCAAAAACCGGUCGCCGCGCCCAGACAAUCCUUACUGAGCGACAGCACCAGCGAUCGCACGUCAAAAGUUUCAAGGACGUCCUCGUUGCGCAGCGCCAGUACCUGUAAUGACGUCACGCGAUCCCAGAACUCUCUGGAUUUCGGGGACGUACAGUUGCGCCGUCCCGAACCUCCGGAUUCCAGGCCGAAACCGGAAAUACCCGCGCGUCCCGCCACUUUAAUUCCUAACAAAAGGUCCUCAAUGGACAUAGAUCCGACCUUGCAUAAGACCCAGUGUAGUGUGUACAGUGUUGCCAACAAGCAGCAACCCAGUAUUGUCCACUUCCAAAAUAGAACUGAGAAAAUUCAAUUAGGUCACGACGUUAUGAUGGCCGAAAAAGAGAAGUUUUUGGGCCAUGCUCCGGCACCGCGAACGAGCCUGGAAAACAAAUUUAACGACAUCAAUUCGAACAAGGAUAAAUCAAGACCCUCUUCGACCGAAGAAGCGAAAAUAAAACCGUGCGUGCCGCCCAAAUCGCUCGCCCUCGGCAAAUCGAACGACGACCUCAACUCGACCAAAUCGCACGAUCAAUUGUUGUACGAGCCGACCGAUCAAGCGGUCUCGAAAUCAUCGGAAAAAUUGAACGAAAUAAACGACAAUAAGAAGAAAACUAGUCAUACGCACGCGAGGACCCGUUCCGACGGUAACAUCAUCGAAUUGGGGCAGAGGGGCGGCGAUUUUUUGGUUCAUACGCCGCCCUCGCCGCGAAGUUUGAACAAACCGACGGAGCCGCCCCCGCCGCCUCCCGUACAAGUCAAGAGACCGGAGCCCGAGAGUACAGACUUUUAAGAGAGGUCGCCGUUAAUUUGUGAUCCCCCCCCCUCGUCUAGUGAGAAAAAGAAACCUCUUUUUUUUUGGUAUUUAUAUGUUGUUUUUUGACUGAACAAAUUACCGUUUGAGUUGUGUUUAGGUUGUAAUUUGAUUUAGGUUAUGUCGGUUGACAAUCAGGUUUGUAUAUUAUUAUGCCGCUAUGUAAAUGAGUCGGGUGAUUUUUUUUUAUUACAUGGUGAGUGUAGAGGGAAUAUGCUGGUAAAAUUAGGUCUAAUAUUUCUAAACCAGUUUUAGUUUUAUUAGGAAACGUGUAAUUUAUUUGAUAAAUUUCGAUGAAACAGCUAGAGCACUUAUGCAUCCAAAAAGGUAAUAGAAAAUUCUUGCAGCAAUUAAUCGGUCGUUUCAGAAACAACAUAAAUCACGAAUUAUAGUUUCGAGUUAACUGUUUUUACAGCGCUGUAGAAUAGAAUUAUGUCUGUGCAGGAUUGAAUAAAAUCCUGCACAUUAUGUAUUAGGUACACAUUUUUUGCAAUUUUUUUCUUAACCCUUUUGAGCCUAAUGGAAAUGGGUCAUAUACAAUACUCCACAAAAAUUUCGUCGAAACGGUUUUCAAAAAUGUCGAAGAAAAUUAAUAAAAUCUAAAAUAAUCUUCAAUGCAAUGAUAGCAUGAGAAAAAAACUUAUUUGUCAAGUUGGAAAAUUACUUAACAUCUUAUAUAACAAUAAAAAACUUUAGAUUAUUAUAAACAAAAACAAAUUAAAUUUUAGUAUUUAGUAGCAAAACCUUUUACUUUUAAUACAGCUAUACAUCUCUUUUAUAUAGAGUUUAUUGAUUUGGCACAUUUUUCCACAAAAGUUUUUCCAUUCCAAUUUAUUUUAUAUUUUUAUAUUUCUAUCUACACUAUCGGACAAAAGUAGAGCAACAAAGUUCAAUUUUAUUCAUGUUUGAAUAAAAAAAAUUAUUGGGUUGAGAUUUCUAAGCUUAAUAUCGCUAAGCUUAAUAUCACACUAUCCUUACAUUGAAAGUAAUAUUUCAUUACAUUUUGGUGUACUUUUAAUCGUUUUAAGAACAGUAAAUAUUAAUGAUUAUAAAAAUUGAUAAGAAUGGGGGCGACAAAAGUAGAGCAACAAAUUGUAUUUAACAAUAUUUUAUUUUACUUUAGUUCAACAAAAAAUAUUUAACACAUUUAACAACAAAAACAAUUCAUAGUCAUACAUAAGUAAUUGAUAGAAUAUCCAUUAUUAUUAAUUACUUGCUGACAACGGCGCGGCAUUGAAGCAAUCAACUUCUGAAUGACAUUUUCGGGAAGACUUGUCCAAACUUCACUAAUUUUAUUUAUUAAGGAUUGUUUAUUUGGAAACAUUUGGGUACGAAUACGACGUUCCUCUUCUUCCCAGAGAUUCUCAAUGGGGUUAAGAUCUGGGGAUUGUGCUGGCCACUGUAAAACACGAACAUUAUUUUCCCGACACCACUGUUGAACAACUUGUGAAGAAUGUUUUGGAUCGUUCUCCUGUUGAAAAAUAAAACGCAAUGGCAUUUUCCAUUCUGCAUAAGGAAGCAUAUCCCUAUAAACAAAUCGGUCCAUCGUAUCAUUAAUAAAGUGCAUAGAGCCUACCCCAUUCCAUGAAAAACAACCCCAUAAAAAUACACUACCUUUACCAUGCUUAAUUGUAGGUGUUACGUAUUUAGGAUUAAACCUUGUAUUGAUUGAUCGCCUCACACGCCUCAUUCCAUCAGAAUUGAAUAUUUUGUAGCGCGUUUCAUCACUGAAUAGAACUUUUUUCCAGUCAUUGACGGUCCAGUUUAAAUGCCGGCGUGCAAAUGCCAACCUUGCUGCUCUAUUUCUUAUUGAAACUAACGGCUUUUUAGCUGGACGUCUACUAAAUAACUUUGCGUCUACUAACCUUUUUUGUACUGUUCGUAUACCAACCGUAAUUUCUGGAAUUUCGGCAAUAAUUCGAGGUGCGGAUUUCCAAGGAUCAUUUUGGGAAAUCCUUUUGAUGCGUCUGUCAGUCAUUACUGAUGUUUUCCUUGGCCUUCCCGAUUUUGGCAACUUCUUUAAAUGUCCCCUCUCAUUAUACGAUGAUAUUAUUUUGGACACAGUGUACCGGGGUAACUCAAACUGUCUUGAAAUAUCGGCUUGUUUGUUACCUUCCAUGAAUCCAUUCACAACUCUUUGCUUCAAGUCUUUUGAAAUUUGAAUUCCUCUCGGCGUGAUUAAUCUUACACAGAAAUGUUCAAAAAAACAUAAAAAUCACCUUACACAAUUAUUUUAUCCCUUUACUUUUGCUAAAACCCUUCUUUUGAACAAAUUAUUUGAAUGUUGCUUUACUUUACUUUACUAUAAAGGUUAUAAACUUAAACGUCAAAAUAAAAUCAUUUGUUUUGAUUGCGAAAAUUUUUGUUGACAUUGAUAAUCAUAGCUUACGUUCUAGUUUCAAAACUUAGUGGACUUGUAUACAUUAUCAUGCAUUUAUAAUUUUAAAAUCGGUAUUUGCAAAUAUUUCUGUGUUUAAGUGUUGCUCUACUUUUGUCCGAUAGUGUAUUUGAUCCCAGAGGUUUUCUAUUGGGUUAAGGUUAGGCGAGUGUGGCGCCCAUUCCAUAACAUUGUCUUGAAACCAAUUUUUUACCAACCGUGUAGUGUGUUUCGGGCCGUUGUCUUGCUCGAACUGUCAUAUUAGAGGCAUAUUUUCGUCGGGAUACGGCAACAUAUAACUUAAGAUAUCCAAAUAAACAUGUCGAUCCAUUUUCUGAUCUAUACAAACUUGGACUUGGCCUGGACUUGAAAAAAUAACACCAUAUUAUAAUUCCGCCUUCUCCAUGUUUUACUGUUGGCAACUGGUACUUUGGAUCAAACCUUUUUCUGGGUACCUUACAAAUUUAAUUCCGUCACUACCUAAAAGCAAAAAUUACUCUCGUCACUAAAUAAGACCGUAAUCGAUUUUUCAGUGCUCCAAGAAAAUUGCUCUCUAACAAAUUUGAUGCGUUUUUGUUAAUUGUUGUAGUAAUUAAAGGCUGCUUUAUAGACGACGUCCUAAUAAUCCAAGCCCUAGCAAUGUGCAUCUCGCGAUUUCAGUUGAAAUGCCAAUAGUUAACUGGUGAUCAUAAAUAGCUUCAGUAUGAAUUUAUUUGGCUGAUUUUCUCGGGUUAGCUGUGGAAAUUUUUGUUUUAGAGGGUGGUCCCAGAAGUACCCGACCCAAGAAAGAAAACACGAAAAUUUUGGAAAAAAAUGUAUUUAUUUUUCAACAUAAUCUCCUUUCAGCUCUAUACACUUUUCCCAGCGAUAUUUUAUAAUUCUAUACCCUUUUUAUAAUAAGAACUGUUUUGCGCCUCGAAAUAGCCAUUAACUGCAUCACUUCUUCAUCGUUGGAAAAUCUUUGACCACUGAGCCAGUUUUUUAAGUUUGGAAACAAAAUAAUUUAAGGGGGCCAAAUCUGGCGAAUAGGGUGCAUGAGGUAGCAAUUCAAACUUUAAUUCGUUAAUUUUGGCCAUUGCAAUAACGGAUUUGUGAGCUGGUGCAUUGUCUUGAUGAAACAACACUUUCUUCAUAACCAAAUGCGGCCGUUUUUGCUUGAUUUCUUCGCUCAAACGUUGCAAUAAGUUCGCAUAAUACUCGCCGUUGAUAGUUUUACCUUUUUCAAGAUAGUCAAUGAAAAUUAUCUCUCGCGCAUCCCAAAAAACCGACGCCAUGACCUUGCCUGCAGAUGAAAUAGUUUUCGCCUUCUUUGGAGCCGGUUCUCCCUUUUGAGUCCAUUGUUUUGAUUGUUCUUUUGUCUCAGGUGUGAAGUAAUGGACCCAUGUUUUAUCCAUGGUUAUGAAACGACGCAAAAAUUCUGCUUUGUUGCUAUUAAACUUCCUUAAACACUCAAUUGAAACAUCUUCACGACACUGUUUUUGCUCGAGUGUGAGCAAACGCGGCACCCAUCUUGCACACAGCUUUCUCAUGUCAACAUUUACCGCACUUUUUGAAAUGCCUACUAUGUCCGCUAGCUCGCGCACUUUCAGUCGACGAUCAUCCAGUACAAUUUGUGAAUUUUCUUUAAAAUUUCUGGAGUCGUCAGCUCAUUUGGUCGACCACUGCGAUGCUCGUCUUGUCUCGUACGGCCUCGUUUAAACUCCGCUACCCAAUAUUUUACUGUUGUUAACGAAGGAGCAGACUCACCCAGAUAGAAUCCAGUUCAGCUUUUAUAUUGGUUGCGCUGAGGCCUUUCAAAUAAAAGUAUUGUAUCACAUAACGAUGACCAAUUUUCUCCAUUUUCACAAAUUCACUGAAAACGUUCACUAUUGAUAGCUGCCAAGCAAAUUCUAAACAACGUGGCGUCUUCAAACUUGAAACAUAUGCUUUAUAGAUUGUAUACUUUCUAAUACACUGAUAUUUUCAAACUACUACCGACAUGUCUAGGUCAGGCCGGGUACUUCUGGGACCACCCUCGUAGUUAUUUUAAUCUUAAAAUCUAUUUAAAAAGAUUAUCAGAAAACAACUUUGUUACACCCUAACUGAUAAAUAAAUUAAACUACUUAUAAAUAAAGAAUUUGUUCAUGUAGGCAAAAUAUAAAUAUUUCGUUGAUAAAUGCUUCCAAACGUUUAUGUUCUGUAUAUCAAGCAAGAAAACCCAUAUGCCGUAAAUAAAAAUAAACAAAUAUUUAUGCUAUAAAAUACGAAAGAGUAAUGCCUGCCGACUUUAGAAAUAGAUAAAUGUUUAUAAGAAAUGUAUGUAAGUGUUUUGUGUUAAUUUUUGUUUUUUUUUUUUCAAACUUUUGUGGAGUACUGUCUCACUCCUUUCAAUCAAAGAUUCUGAUAAGCAAAAUCAAUAUUCUAUAGAAAUGAGUUUCAUAAGAAUGUAAGUAGUAACCUAAAAGUCCCUAGGUGUGAUAUAAUGAAAAACAUUAUUGGCAUAUGGAAGGUAUGGAACAAGCAUUGCAAAUAAUUUUUGUGUGUUUUUCAAUUUUACAUUCAGCACAUCUGACGACAUCUUUUUCUGGUAUCAAUUUGCGUCGGAAAGUGAGCACGCAGAUUCAACAUCAUGCGAAAAGACAUUGACGAACAAUAAUAUGAGGUUCUACGAACCACUUUACACAUAAGCAAUAAGGCUUUCUGAAAUAUUUACCAAAAAUGUAAAAGAUGGAAGCUUGGGGAGGUGGUGUACCUCUUUAUAAAUGAUUUAGGAAUUUACUGCGACUGUAAGAAGGAUUUUAUAAAAUACCUUUUUCCACCAAAGAUUUUCUGUUUAUAUCACAUCAGCCAGUCAACUGAUCUAACAAAUCUACUCCGCCUAUAUUGAGGUUAUAAAAGUUUAUACAUUCGGUGCAGCUGAGAUUUACUUUAACCCAUUUGACCCUGAAACUAUAUUUUUUCGAAUUUGUAUAUUUUUUUCUUAAAAACGGUCAAUGGGACCUUCUCCCAUAAGUCGAGAAAAAAUCAUGAUUUUUUUUUCAAUUUCCAGUUUUGGAAAAAACGGCGGUCCUUUUAAAAGGACGGUAGGAUACAGGGCUACUAUUAGAAAAAUAAGUAAAGACUUAAAAAUAUGUUUAUAUAUCUUACAAAAUGCUUAGCAAAAUACUUAAAAACUAAUUUGUAUGAUAGUCCACAAAACAGUUUUUUGGGUGAAGACCAACUUCACAUUUUUGGCACACAAAAUUUGCUUUUUUAUGGCAGACAGCACAUUUCCGCUGACUCUCGUGAUAUGUAACUAAAUGAUCUAGUCUGUCGUAACGUGAGAAUUGGAAUGCAGUUUUUGGCAAUUUCGAAGGUCCUCUCUUAGUUGUUUUCCUGUACGUUUCGAGCAGCUGUGUCCCUAGGUCCCUUCUAAACUGAAGUUGGUCAAGAGUAUCACCAUUAUUCCUAUAGAGUUGCCACGAGUUUUGUGAGGCCAUGUCUACACAGUGGGAAAAUAACGGAAAAUACCACUUUUUACCUCGUACUGAAACUCUAUAUUGGCUUAUGUUUUGGUCACUACGGUCUACACCUCUAAUAUUUUCGUUGUAUGCCUUGGUCAAUUGAGGCUGAUCUAUAUAAACAUGCUUUUUUUGAGCCUGUGAAAAUCGUUUGACCUUAUUUACUGGCAAAACUGAACACGCAUUGGUGGCUAAAGUAACAACGCUGUUGUCAUUCCAUUUGCAUAAUGCGAUUUCAUUAUCGGCAACACCCCAUUCAAAUGUACCUCGUGUCUUUUUCUUCAGAACUGCCGCAUUGCUAAAUGGAGAUUGUGGGAUUCGGUUUUCACGUAUAGUACCAGUUGCCUUGAUGUUCCUCAAUUUUAGCUCCUUUAGAAGUGACAAAGAUGUGAAAAAAUUGUCAAAAAAUAUGUGAAAGGGCUGGUAAGGCAUUUUCUGUAAAACAUCUGCAUAUUGGAGAACAACUGACGCUCCCAAACCCAGGUGUUUAUAUUUGUCCGGAAUUCUUGUCAACGCACCUUGGUAGGGAUCAAAAUAAACAAUGUAUCCAAGGCGUAGGGUACCUACCCAAAAUGUAUACCCCCAGCUUAUAACCUUGCCUCGAAUAAAUUGCUUACCGCUAUGUCUCCCAAAAUACGGUAUCAUGGCCUCAUCAAAGCUGUGAUUCUCUUUAACUGGGGCAUAAUCAAAAAAUUUAUUUAGGCUCUUGAAAAGAGGACGCAGUUUAGAGUACUUGUCUUUUUUAACAAGGGAAAUAUUAUCACUGCAAUGAAGAUUACUCAUUAUGAAUUGAAAUCUAUCUCUGGAAAUAGCGGCUAAUAUAAGUUUAUUCUGGGCAUCGUUGCAAUUUUGCCAAUACAUAUGUCGCCUUGGAACAGUUGUAUAUCCACUGACAAGUAACACCCCUAUGAAGCAGUACAUCUCGUCUGCAGUAACGUUACCGGGGCGGUUUUUUUGCUGUGCAUAAAUAUUGGUAAAAUUGACAAUUUCUCCUGUCAAGUUCUCAUCAAAGGACAGCUUGAAAAUAUUUCCAGGGGAACGAUUGCUUUGUGCGGUUUGAACUGAUUGCCAUUGCAUAAAUGUAGACUCUAAAUCUUUAUUGAGAGUAUAGUCAAACGUCUUUAUGUGUUUAGGUCGCCUUUCAACAAAAGUGGACAGUGGUAGAUCGUCAUCACUGUCCCAGUCGUCUUCACCUUCUACGUCAAAUUCAAUUUCCGCCGGGACCCUUAGUUGCAUUCCGGGUAAAUUAUUUGGUACUACAUCGUCUUCAGCCCCAGAAUCUUCAUCGGUAUCGCAGUUUUCGUUGGCAUUUUCGGGUGGAAAAAUUGUAAUGCCUGUAGGAAUGUCCGACGUAGAGUCAUUCUCCAAUUCCUCUAAGAUUUCUGCCAUGGUUAGUGGUUUUUUCCAAUACCUGUAAAAAACCACAUAGUAGUAUAUAAUCCUACCGUCCUUUUAAAAGGACUCGUUUAAUUGAACGCUCCUGGAUUGAUCAAGAAGUGUGAAACAUAACCACAAAUAUAUAAAAAGGUCUGUAUGUUAUGUUAUUUGUUAAAAACAAUCAAAACAAGAACGAAAAAAUAAACGAGUUUUAACAUAUCUUACCUUGAGUCACUCACUCAUUGCAAAAUCACUAGAAACACAGCGUGUUUUAUUCGUCACUAUCGAUCCAAAAAUUAACAAAAUCCUAACGAUCGCGAUUGACCUUGUUUAAGAUGUUAACUAAAUAAAAUGUCUUUGCAAAUUCUAGCAUAUUUUUCCGAGUAGUAAUACAUGUCCUACAGCAGGAACUGAUAGGAUAAUCAUUAAAUGAACUGAUGUGAAAAAACCUGUCAAUAACAAAAGAUAUCUCCUUUUCCUUUACUGUGCUUACUUAUUUAUUUACUGCUCUUCCAACGUUCCUUCAUUGCAAAGUUCCUUCUUUCCGCAAUAAAUAUUGAAGUCAUACACAUAGCCUGUUUGAGCGUCACACUUUGCCCAAAUUUUUAUUCCUCUCUUUAUCGGUUUCAGAGGAACAUAUUAGAAAUGUACCCUUCACACUUCGACUUGGCAUAUCUUGCUAGCGUUGACUGUUUUUUUUGGAUUAAUAAAAUAUAAUUUGCUAAUUAAUAAUUUGAAACGAUCCCUGGCUACUGCAAGUUUUAUUUGCGCUCUUUUUUGAUGACCAGUGGUUGGAAAUUGAAGGAAGCUUAUUGUAAGCCAUAAUAUUAGUAUUUGGCGGGAAUCCGUUUAUUCUUGCUUUUUCCUAUACAACAUGAAAUGGUUUUCAUUGGUUGACUGAGCAAUAUAACUGAAAAGAUUUUUUGGAAAUAAUUUAUAGAGAACAUCCACUACAGAAGAACUUGGAUUCAAAUCAAGCUGUAAUACACAAGAGCUGAUUUCACGCAAUGUGUGGUAUAAAGGCUUCAGUUUUUUCCACCCAAACACAACCUUUGUUCCAGUUCGAGGAUCUGUGCAUCUUUAUCUAAUCACUCAUUAUUCCAGGCUUCACUUCUAAAUCGCUUGAGGAAUCGGUGUCAAACUUCCUUUGACGUACUUGGCUUUGAAAUGAUAGAGCGUUUUUUGUCUCAGUUCUGGAUUCUUUUCGAAUGGGAUACAGUUUUCCUACUGAAAAAGACGUUUGGGAUAAAUAUGCCCCAGUUGCCAUUUAUCCUAUUACUACAUGUGUAUAGUUUUCCAAAAUACCUAAAUAUUUACAAAAUUUACACAGCAAAAAAAUUAAUAAUAAUUUUAAUGACGAUGCACCUCUCGAAAGGGCUAAGGUAUUAUCUGGUGCACUUAUUUGCAAUAUUACAUCUCCUUCUUGAUAACCAAGUAAAAAAGUUAUCAAGUUCUUUAAGUAGUACAAGUUUGACUUAUUAAAGUUUGUUUGUAGGCCAUAUGUUUUUUUUUAUAUAAGAAUCUUAAUGUCAAAUUUUAUUAUCUUCUGGCUGAAUGAAAGUUGUUACAAUCAAAAUUAUUCCAAUCUGGGUGAUUUUGAUAUUAAAAAUAGCUUUUCUGAAAUGAAAAAAGCACCAAUGUUGGUAAAUCUUAGAUAUAUCUGCAUAUUUUCAUUAUAUUCGUGAUAUUGUUUAGGUAAUUGCUUGAAACCUCUAAAAAUAUUUAUUGUCUAUAUUCGCGGCCAUAUUCUCCAUAAACGUUUGCGUGAACGUGGUUUUAUAUAGUACCAUAUAAAACUUAUUUCUUUUUCAAUAUUGGCUAAUAAUAAUUUAAUUUAAUAUACUUAAUCCUGACUCAUUUACAUCCAGAAUAUUCAGAUAAGCACAACACUUACUCUUAAGAAAAUAAAUGAAAAGUUACGUUUGAAUUAUUGAUACCGCCAAAACUAAAGCGGCGAUAAGCAUUAAAAUGUUAAAUGCCUUGUUAAUGUAAAUUUAGGAAAUUUUGUUAAAAGCAUUUCUCAAGUUUUAGGCAUUUGACAAAGAAUUUACUAUUUUAUUUUUACAAUGUUAAGUAUCAAGGUGAUUUUUCCAGUGUGGGUAACUGGAUGUUAAACGUUUUGUAGUUACGUCUGACUGUUGUUGUUUGGUCAGAUUUUUAUGUAAUUGAACCCCUUAAAAGUGUCUCCUUUGCCUAGUGUGUUUUUGUCUGUCUAAAAUAUUUUUUAUGUUAUAAGGUCUAUUUGCUUUUCUGUGUCGAAAUUAAUUAAAAUGUUUCCUCUGCCAGUAAAACUGCAAUAAUAUUUAUACGCUCUAUUAUUAAAAUGAUUAUUUAAGUAAGAA